AUGGGAACUCCAUACCAUCCACAGACGAAUGGACAAGCUGAAGUUUCCAAUAGGGAGCUCAAAACAAUCCUGGAUAGAACAGUGAACACCUCCAAGAAGGAUUGGGCAAAGAAACUUGAUGACGCUCUUUGGGCGUAUAGAACAGCUUUCAAGACCCCCAUUAGAAUGUCACCUUACCAACUGGUUUAUGGCAAGGCAUGUUAUUUUCCGGUGAAUCUUGAACACAGAGCCUACCGGGCCACCAGAGUCCUCAACUUUGAUGCUCAAGCUGCAGGAGAAAAAAAGGUGCUACAGCUAAAUGAGUUGGAUGAAUUCGAAUAUGCUGCAUUUGAGAAUGCUAGAAUCUACAAUGAAAGGGCGAGAAAAUGA